ACAGGAAGUAAUGGAUAAUGCGCACUUUCGGUUUACUAAAUCUAUUUUUACCUUCAUAUUGCUUAAUAACAUUUUUGUGUGUGGCAAUGUAGAUUGUGCUUAUUUAAAGUAUUUAUAUUCUUUGUUUUGAGAAAGCAACUUAAUUAAAUAAAUGUGGAUCUAACUCAAGUAUGUAAUCUGCUCAAUAGGCAAAUGACGGGAAUGAAGAAUUCAGAGACCCUAGGCUUUAUUUGCUCAUUUUUAUGGACCCUACCUCUUGCAGCAGCUUUCAAAACCGAUCCUGGGGAUUGGCCUCCGUUAACAGCGAUCUCCGUAGUGGUAUCUGCUGUAGUUAUUAUGGUGCUAGUUGUUGUUCUGAUACAGUGUGGAGGAUGUGUAGGAAUGGAGGUGUCUUCCGAAUCUCACCCCGCUGCUGGCCCCUCAAAAGGACACCACUACCCCUCAGCAGUCAUCACGGAUCCAGCAAACACCCAGGUUCUAAUGUCUUCCCACACCCUCCCUGGUGAUGAUCCAUAUCGACCAGGUAAUGGGGGCCAGGGCUUGCCAUAUUCACUGAACCCCACUGUUCCCAGUGCCCCUGGAUUCACUGGUUAUCAGAGCACUGCACCUACCCCACAGCCUGCCCCAGGGUGGGGACAAGGAGGAGGGGGGCAGGGACAGGGUUAUCAGUCCCCUGGCCCCGGGGCACACCGCCCAGCAGCAGGAAGUGAACCCCCUCCCCCCUCAUAUAAUGACAGUGUCAGGGGAAGUGAUGCUUUGUGGUGACAUUUCUUAAAUUUGGAAUUUGGCAAUUUUUGUUUUUUCUCCUUUAAAAUAAUUUAUUAUAUUUACCAAAGAAUAACUCUUAUGUAUGAAUAUCAGUUUGUAUUAAUUUAACAUAUAUUGUUGGGCAUUAAAAUGUCAAACAUUUCUACAGUUGUGUCCCAGGCAUUUGUUUUGGGAAAAAUUAUAACUCGUAGUAUAAUAUUAUACUAUGGGUCAAAAAUUUAUUACAAAAAAAGUGCCUGUGAGUUGUGUAUAUCAUAAUCGAAUUGUCCAUUUUGUAAUGAACAAACUACGCUUGAAACUUUAUCAUCAUCAGCAAUGUAAACCUUGUUCAAAUCCUGCUUAGUAUAAAUUAUUUGUAUAUUGGAUCAUUGGUUUAAUCAAUGAUCAUUUAUUAUGUUUCUUGAUUAAUUUUUUUUACCCUUCCCCCUCCUUUCAAAUCUUUCCAUGACAUUCCCUUCUUUGUCAGAUCUGAUUGAUUUUAAUAAAUAUUCUUCAGUUUA